AUGGCGGCCAUGCGGCGGCUCCUUCAGCAGCUCCAGCCCGUCCUCCCGCAGCAAGCCGCCCUCCGCCGUGCCCUCCACAGCCGCCGCCUCCGCUCCCCUUUCCCCCUCGCUGCCGCCUCCGCCUCCCCGCCCUCACCCGCCGCGCACUCCCCCUCCCCGACGCCUAGCCUCCUGCCCCGCAGCACCGGCUCGCUCCUGCCGGCGAGCGCCGGUGCCGUCGUGGCGGCCGCCCGGACCGACACCGCGCGCAACGCUGGGUCCCUCGACGAGCCGCUCUCUCUGCAGCUAAGCAGGGCCUCGGGCUGCUUCGCCUCGUCAUCGUCGACGUUGCUCCACGGCGUCGCCGCGCCAUGGGCGCACUGGACAACAACCCCAGCCGACGACAUGGUGUUGAUGCUCGCCGGCGCCAAUGUGGCCGUCUAUGGGCUCUGGCUCCUGGCGGAUCCCAAUUUCGGGUUGGGUCCUUCCGUGAUUUCGCUGGACAAUUUCAAGAGCUUGCGGUUGCACACACUCCUCACCUGCGCUUUCAGCCACAAAGAUCCCAACCACAUCGGCCAUAACAUGAUGGGCCUCUACUUCUUCGGUUCAAGCAUUGCCCACACAUUUGGUCCUGAUUUUCUUUUAAAGUUGUACGUACAAGGAGCACUUCUUGGAUCUGCAUUCUACUUGACAGAAAUGGCUUUUCUAGCGCCACAGAAACAGGGUUUUGGAGGAUGGAACACUCCAGCGCUUGGUGCGAGUGCUGCAGUUAAUGCAACUGUCCUUCUCUACAUUUUUCUGUAUCCCACCAAUAUACUAUACUUACACUUCAUCAUUCCUCUUCCAGCUGCAUUAGUGGGAGCUUAUUUGAUUGGUGCUGAUCUCCGGAGGGUGAAGAAGGGCAACAGUCGCGUGGCAGGUUCUGCUCAUCUAGGGGGUGCCGUUGUCGCCGCGCUUGCAUUAGCUGAAAUGAAGGGCUGGAUCUGA